AUGGAGGAAGUUGCUAUCAAGCUCGGUGCUGAUGGCAUUCAGAAAAAAGUGCUCUCUCCAGGUAAAGGAGAGCUCCCAUCGUUUCCCGAUGGUACAAAGGAUGAUGGGAGGAAAGAGUAAACCCAUGGAGCUUAUCCUAGGGAAGAAGUUUAAGCUGCCGGUUUGGGAGCGGGUAGUCACCACAAUGAGAGCUGGAGAAGUAGCUGACUUCACCUGUGACAUAAAGCACACAGCUCUGUAUCCGCUGGUUUCCCAGUCAUUACGGAACAUCAGUGUGGGGAAAGAUCCUCUAGAGGGUCAGAGACAUUGUUGUGGAAUCGCUCAGGUACACUCUCAUCACUCACUGGGCCAUGCUGACUUGGACCACCUGCAGGCAAACCCCCAGCCUCUGGUCUUCACCAUCGAGCUCCUAGAGGUCUUGCCCUCAGGCUCUUUUGCAUUAGAGACGUGGGCGAUGACGGAUGAGGAGAAACUGCAGGCCGUGCCACAAAUCCAUGAGGAGGGCAACAUGCUCUUCAAGAAGGGAGAGACUGCUGCAGCUGCGGAAAAAUACUACAAUGCCAUCGCCUGCCUGAAGAACCUGCAGAUGAAGGAGCAGCCUGGUGAUUUGGCAUGGAUUAAACUGGAUCAGAUGAUAACUCCACUCUUGCUAAAUUACUGCCAGUGUAAGCUUAUGCUGGGCCAGUAUUAUGAGGUGCUAGAUCACUGCUCCUCGCUCCUCAACAAGUAUGAAGAUAAUGUGAAGGCGUACUUUAAGCGUGGGAAGGCCCAUGCGGCGGUGUGGAAUGAGGCUGAGGCCAGGGCAGAUUUUGCUAAGGUGUUAGCGCUGGACCCCUCUCUGGGGCCCGCGGUGGCCAAGGAGAUCCGAGCAAUGGAGGAAAAGAUCCGGGAGAAGGAGAAAGAGGAGAAGGGACGCUACAAAAACCUCUUCAACUACAGCAGCACUUCAACAACAGCAACUACGAGCUGAAAGAAAUAUGGACAUUUCUUUUGUUGAUCAUGAAGAGAGGUUCUGUCGUUGAGGCACUGUAAAAUUGGAGCCCGUGAAUGCUCUUCUGUUUGCCCUUUUGUGAUUCUACCUAGGCAGACACAAGCAGCUUCCUUUUUUCCUUUCCACAUGUUCAUUCCCCCCAUCCAUAAUCAUACUACUCACAGUUAUCGUGCACAAAAUAUUAUGUCUGUAAUAGAUCCCGUUAUGCAAUGAAAUGUAACUUAUUUUUGGUUUAUUAUAGAGAUGAACAGGAUCACAAAGGCUUGUCUAACUAAUAUUUUGGGACUUGAGGACACAUUGAAAUUCUGCAGCUCUUACUUUAUUCUGUUAGCACUGUAAAAGGAUAAGUCUGAACUAACACUCGUUAAUUUCUGGAGAAUAAUAAGACGAGUCUUUGCGACACAUUAUGGCAAGUAGCAGCAGACUGCUUACGUCCAGUUACAUAAACAUACAGAACAGGCAGAGCCACCACACGAAGACAUGAUUCAACCUCCUGAUUGAGACAAUUAGCUUAUGUGAAAUACUUUUGUCUCUAAUGCAUGGCUGCACGAUAUGGAAAAUAAGAUAUUCCUACAUAAUUGCAAUUGUGAUGGUUAUAAGAACUUGCAAAACACAAGUUAGAGAAUUGAUAAUGUGACAUGGUUAAAAGAUUGGCCUGUAUUAUAUUGACCAAAAUAUUUGUUGGAUGAUUUGAAUGCCUUGAUUCAUCCAAACACCCACACAGACUGAGAUAUGUGAGAAUUUGUCAGAUUGCUCAUAGUGCACAAUAUUACACAUUAGAUGCAUGUUCAAGGUCUUGUGUUGUAAGCUUUGGCGGUAUCUCUUCUGCAAAGGCCAAUACUGCUAUAACAUUAAAGAAUGAUGAUAUAUGUUGUAAAACCAUACUCUAUUGUCCUGUCCUUCUUUUUUUCUUAUGUGUCAACCUUCGGUAGUUCCUGUUGCAUUCCCAUCUUUAUCUUCAUGUCAGUGGUCUUUGUAUGUAUGCUUGUAUACUUUGAUUUAUACUUUGUGACAAAUUCAUACUCAAACGUUCACCUUGAUUGUCCUCAACAAGCCUUUCAAAAUAUGUCUGACAGGAUACAUAAGAAUUCACAGACAGCUGUCAAGUGAAAAAGAAAAAAAAAAAUAAGUAAACCUUUAUUCCUUUCUGUUAGCCUCCUCCAUGGUAAAUAUCAUGGCGAGUUCUGUACAAAAAGCACUGAAUGGGUGUCUUUAAUAUGCCUUAUGUCUUUCACUGAAACAGCAGACUGCAUUUGUUACAACAAGCCAAAUAAAGACAAGUACCUUGA